CACCCUACAACCCGGCACUCUGGAAACAGACCCCUGGAGAGCCUCAACAAUCCUUGAUUUUAUGAUCGGCUGGAGUGGCUUCGAUCAUCAAGUGGAAUGAGGUUGUUUGUUACCACCUGUCUACCUGAAGAGCCGAGAUGGCGCUAAGAAACGGUGCCCCUGGGCCUCCCUGCAACUGUAAUAAACCAUGCAGCAGACAAAUUGGAGCGUGAGACUAGGAUAGGGAGAAGAGAUCAUACAUAAGCAAUAGCAUGCGGCUCCGUACAGCAAUCUUGGACCUGUACACUAUCUGUCAUUCACUUUCUUCUCUCGUCUCUAGUUAGGCUAUCAAUCUUUGUCGCAGGGCGACUUUACCUUCGUUUUCUCACUUGACACUUUUCACGCUUCCGCUCCUUUUCAAAAUGAAGUCCAUCAUUUCUGCCGCCAUCUUGGCCUACGCUGUUAAGAACGUCGCUGCUCACGCAACAUUCCAGCAACUUUGGGUUGACGGUGUCGACCAAGGGACAUCCUGCGCUCGUAUUCCAUUGAGCAACUCACCCGUCCAAGAUGUCACUUCAAAGGACUUGGUCUGUAACGCCGGUACCUCAGCUGUCUCCAGCAAGUGCGAUGUCACUGCCGGAUCAACUGUUACUGUUGAGAUGCACCAACAGCCCAACGACCGUUCUUGCUCCAACGAGGCCAUUGGAGGAGCUCACUACGGACCUGUCCUCGUUUAUAUGAGUGCUGUCUCAGACGCCUCGACUGCCGAUGGUUCAGAUGGUUGGUUCAAGGUCUUCGAAGACACCUGGUCCAGCGCUGGCUCCUCUGGCUCUGACGACAACUGGGGAACCAAGGACUUGAACACUUGCUGUGGCAAGAUGGAUGUCAAGAUUCCCACGGAUCUUGCCCCCGGUGACUACCUUCCCAGAGCCGAGGCCAUCGCUCUUCACGCCGCCGGCUCCUCAGGCGGUGCUCAAUUUUACGUGACUUGCUACCAAGUCACUGUCAGUGGCAGUGGCACUGCUACCGUUACCGACACCGUCCUGUUCCCUGGUGCGUACGCAGCUGAGGACGCCGGUAUCCUCAUCAACAUCUACCAAGCCAUGACCACCUAUGAGGCUCCCGGUCCUGCUGUUUACUCUGGAGGUUCCACCAAGACUGCCGGUGCUGCCUGUGCUGCUUGCGAGUCGACUUGCACUGCCGGUGCGACUGGCGCUGCUGCCACAACCCUCGCCUCUGCCACAUCGACUGCUGCUGCUGCCGCAACAACGACCGCUGCCGUCACUUCGGCUGCUACCACUUCCGCUCAGGCUACCUCCACUGCCCAGGCAACUACUUCCAGCACUGUUUCCUCGCAGGUCCAGGCCGUUACCUCUUCCUCAUCUGUGGUCAGCUCCGCGUCCGCUGCAGCUCCAUUGUGAAUAGAUUUUGAUCA